CUCGGUGCACGAAACAUUCUCAAUACACAGGAAAUUGAUAGAAAGCGGUUUGUUUUUGUCUAAUCAGUAAGAUGCGAGUUUUGGUGUCAUGUAAGUAUAUAUCUUACCAAGAGUUCCGUUUCUAUGCCGUUUGAAUGGGAAAACUUGAAUUUUUAUCGCUGAUCGAUUGUGCAUACUUUUCCUUAAAUAAUACAUAUUUGCUCCAUUACCGAUGAAUCAAGCCUCAGAACGUACUCAAAUCAUCACUGAUACUGCUUCUUUUUCUUUGUUAGUUUCAUUGCCAAUAAAUGAAUGCAAUAUUUCAAAUAUCAUCGAAAAAGUCUAGUCUACCCAUGUGGGAAAAAGCAAUUUAGAGCUGUAUGUUUAUUGAUGCCACACACCCCAAAGUUUCGACACACUUGCUGGUACCUGAUGUACAAUUUUACUUUCGUCCCACUCUUCUUUGUCUAAAUCUCUUUUAGGAGUCUCUGGUUACUUUCAAUAUGAUGAAAAAGCUUAAGAGACUACCAAAGGCAGAUAAAAAUGUAAGUGUCAUGGUAGUUGUUUAUUUAACCCUUUAACUCCCAGAUCAAAUUUGUAAUUCUCCUUUCUGUCAACCAUACAAGUCUUGUGUUGUUAGUUCAGAGAGUUAAGCAUUGGAUCAACUAACUAUUCCCAAAUUUAUAUUUUUCUUUCUUCUCAUUACUUAUCUGGUUGAUAUUGUAUUGAUAUUGUAAUGAGAAGUUCUGUCUUAGUCACUCAUGGGAGUUUAAGGGUUAAAAAUUAAAACUUGACUUUUUUAAAUUAUUUGAGAAAAUUUGUGUUCAAAAGGCCAUGUUGCAAGCCAUCAACCAGAGUAAUCAAUAUUUCUAGUUUUAAACUUGAUAAGAAGCUAUUUAACCUUUUAACUCCCAAGGUCUGAUUGUUAAUUCUCCCUUCUAGCUGCUACACGUUACCUUGUAAAUGAGUUACAAGAAUUAGGUGGUAGAUUAAGACAACAACUUCUACCUGAUAAGUUUGAGUAUUCUCAUAACCUAUUUGCUGAAUAAUGUGCACAUAUUUUAGGGCAAAGUUAAGUAUCAAUUACUUUUGGAAGUUGAAGGGUUCAAUUGUUGAGGCUUUAAAUAAUCUCAAGUUUCAGCUCCAAAAGGGAGUAAUAAUGGUGAUGAGAUGGUCCUAUGAAUGGGUAGGAGACAUAGUUCCUCGAUGUUUUGUGAACUGGAUGCUAGAUUAAGGUGUUUGCGUCCAAUCCACAAAUAAGGCUAUUUUGUUACAUCAAACAAUAUCUUCUAGUUGAUAAUUACAUUCUUUCUCAUCACUUCUCUGUUUGAAAUUAUGUAACAUUGUUAGGAUAAAUUCAUUCCUUUUUUGUUGCAGGGAGUGAAAGGGUAAACAGGGUGGUCACAUGGAAGGGUUCUGCUGUAUAAAUUGUUAAAAGUAAUGAUGAUGUUCUUCUUGUAUAGGCCCCAAGGAGUCUUCGAGUGGAAAAUUUAACUGAACUUGACAAGCUUUAUCUUCUUCUGGCUGAACACAACCUCAGAGAUAAUUUCAAUGUGUUGUGUUAUGACUUGAAAAUCCGUUCUAUAGCUGAUUUGAAUGGACUAGAUGAUGAAGCACUUAAGAGAUUUAGACUUCUUCCUAAAUUUGCUAAAGACCAGCUGAAACAACUUCCACAGCAAGUAGGGACAGCUGAUUUUGUUAAUUUGGCGCUGGUAGGUUUGGGUUUCUUUUGUUUCUAAUGGAGGUUGAGCCCAUGAUGCAAUAGCUAAACCUCACAUACAGGUUAUAAUGAUGACAUAAAGGGGGUAAGUUUCUAAAGACUUUGCAAUGGUGUUAUUUAACAAUGAUUCCUUGAGUACAUGUUGGAUGUGAGUUUUAAUAAUGGUUUUAUUAAAUUAUAUUUAAACCUUGAAUGUUAGGAUAUUUGGAGCUUUUUUCAGCUCUGCAACGGUUGGCACAAUGUAUUUCCUUAUAAGGUGACUCAGAUAAUGAACUGGCUGGAUUAUGGUUCUCUGGGCACACACACACAAUAACCAUCAUUGGCAUGUGGUGAAUGGUGGAAGCUAUGCAUGCUUUCUUGGAAGAAAAGGAUUAUUAUAACAUAAAUUCACUCACUCCUGUUCAAAGGCUUGGCAACCAAGCACUCCACUGUAAAAUGGACUAUUGAGUAUAUCAGUUGUCAAUCAUCAAUUGCAUAUAAAAAUUGAGUGGCCUAUUGCUAAGUUGUUGACCCACUGUUGGUAAAGGGGAGCAGUUCUUCAUGAUUACCCACUUUACUUGUACUCUCUCAAAUAAAGAACUGGUACAGACUAGCAAAGCCAAUCAAGUUGCAGCAUUUAUGCUCAGACAUGAGCAGAGUUGUACAGAUAAUGAAUAGCUGUGGUUAUAAGAAAACAAAAGUCAAGUGUAACUGUCGGUAUCUUCCUUCCUUUUAGAAACAUGGAAAACUUCCCUACAAAGCUCAAUUGGAGUCCCAUGGAGUACCAUUUAUAUCUGUUGAUGAAAUUCAUGUUGUGAAGAGGAUUACAUCAGGACCAGUAUCUGGAUCUGUUUUUGAAGCCAUCUGGACAAAACCAAAUGGAGAAAAGGUUAAUUAAAUACAGCAUAAUAUUCUGAUUGGUAUGACUUGGGCAGAUUUGAAUUUACCCAGUUGCCCAUGGCAAUUACAAUAUUAUUUCAAAAAAUUAUUGAAUUGGAAUUGUUAUGAAUAUUACUUGACUUCAUUGUGUUCAUUUCUUAAUUGCAGAUUAGAGUUUGUUUAAGGUAUGACCGAGCUCCUUCCCAAAGGAAGCAUUUUCUCCAUGAGGCAGAAUUAUCAGCAUCACUGAAUCAUGAGAAUGUCCUUCAUCUUUAUGGAGUGAUUUUGCCUGGACUGUACACUAACUCCAUAGCUCUGGUAAGUGAAGAUAAAAGAAAUAAACACUGCAUAGUAUUAAAAAGAACUCUCAGGCCUGUACUAUUUACAGGCCCAAAAUUGAAGGUGAAAAAAAUUAGGUUCUGUAACCAGCAGUUUUUAUUUUGUAUUAGGUACAUGUAUCAACGGACUUUUUUUAACACUUUUUAACUCUAAUAUGUGAUUUUUACUUCUCUCCUUUAGCUGUUGCAUGUUUCCUCAUAAAUUACAGCUGUAGCUGCAAGAAUUUGCUAGAAUUGAAAUCACGUUUGAACUGGUAAUUCAGUACUGCACUUAGAUCAAUGAUGUUUACUUUAGGUGGUGGAUUUUGCCAUGUAUGGGAACAUCAUGGAAGCCAUGCCACGGCAGUCAGUGUACAGUCUGCUGCAGAAGAUUUCCCAGAUUGCGGCGGCCAUGGAAUACCUUGAAAGCAUAGGUCUAGUUCAUACACGAAUAGUGGCUUCAUCUGUAUUUGUGGUUGCACCUGGCAAGGUACAGGUUGAUGAAAAUGUACUCAAAAUUACUCUCAUGUUGUUACACCUAGUUGGUUAUAGUUGGUUUUCUGAACUGAUUAUUGAUAAUGAAUGUUUGUUUGAACUAUUCAUGGACUUACACCUUCACUCUUUAGCUGGUAUAAGGAGAGGAAAAGCAUAGAGAUGUUGGAGAAAUAACAAGGGAAAGGGCAAGGGAAACCAUGGUUAAAAAUAUAUAGAGGUCAAAAAUAUUCAUAGUUCAUUCCUCUUUCUCUGCCCUGGCUUAUAUAGUGUUUUGGCUAUUUUUUUCAGUGGGGGCUUAACUUUUGCUUUCAUAUUUUCAAUCUUCCCUCUUUUUGUCACUAACUUUUGAAAGCCUUUUUUUUUUGUCCAUCGUAGCCCAUUUUUUCAAGGUUUGGGUUGUUUUUAACCUUUAAUCUCCCAAGGUCUGAUUAUAAAUUCUCCCUUUUAGCUGCUACACAUUUGCUUUAAAUUAGUUGAGAGAAUUUGGUGUUAGAUGAGACAAAAACUUCUACUUGAUCAGUUUGAGUAUUCCUAUAAGUUGUUUGCUGGUUCUGGGAGUUUAAGGGUUUAGUCAGUUAUCAUGAUGGUAAUUAUGAAGCAGACCAGAUGCUGGUGCAUAACAGGGGUAAGUUUCUAAAGAAACUGGUGGUGUGUCAGUGGGAUAGUAUAACAGGGUAAUUUUAAUUAGUGUUAUCAGCUGAGUUGAUAACAUAAAUUGACCACUGUAUAGAGUUCAAAGCUGACGUUUCAAGUGUUGGCCUUUUGUCAGAGUGAAACUGAUGCUGGUGCACACUGGCAAAUGGUAAUGAAACUUUUUUUUUAUUUGCAGAUCAAAUUGGGAGGGCUCUGGGGAUGUUUUCGAAGAGACAAGAAAGAGUUAGUAUUAUAAUAAUAUUGAUACCUUUCGUGUGAAUUGUUGAAAAAAAAAUUCCAGAGUUCUCUUUUAGGGUUUUUGUACACAUUUUUCUUACCAAUAAAUUCUAUCUUCUGUUCUUUUUUAAUUUCCUUCCAGUUCUUCUACAAAGAAAGGGGGAUCGACAGUAAGCUGGUUUGCACUAAUUGCCAAAGAUUUGUUUCGUAAUCUGGCACACCAUCAGGAUUUACUAUCCUCGACAAGGGAAAAGGUAUCACCAACUAUAAUUAAAGUAAGCCCUGAGAUUUAAGAAGUAAUCCCAUGGUAGGAUUUUCUGCCUGAGUUUUGUCCAGCAAAGGACUUUCAGUUUGUGUCAUUCAUCACCUAAUUUGUAACCUGAUCACAAGACCUUUGAAGAGUAAAGUGGUAAGUUCUUUAAAAUCUUAAGAAUGACAAAAUUCUAGUUGAGUUUAGCAGUCAAUAACAUUAUCAGUUGCAAUUGAGUAAUUGGUUCCCAUGUACAAAAUACUAAUUAAAAUAACCUUUUUUUCAAAAGCAUGGAGCUGUGCCUAAUAUACUGUACUAGGGAAAAUUAAAUGGUAAUAGGACUAAGUGGAGCACAAUUUGGGGAGUUAGUGGGGAAGUGAUUUCAAAUUGGCGGAGAAUGAAUUGUAUGUCUCUGAAUUGUAUGUCACAAAGUAAGAUUACCAACUAUUUGUGUCAGUGACAAAAUACAAGAAACUCAGGAUUGAAAAAUUUAAUGCAAGAGCACAUAUCCAUCUUAUUGAAACUUAAUAAUAAUCAUUUGCUGGUUAAUUUUGUACAUUUUGCUAUGUUUUCAAUGUGGACCUCUCAACCUGAUGUUAGAAGUUUUCUUUAUUUUGAUUAGCUAGGUAGUUGAGUUUUAUUGGCUGAUGUCUGAAAGUCCAUAAUUUUUAUUGGCAGCUUAACUGUCCUAUAUGUAAUCUGAUGGGUGAAAUUGGACAUUUUGGAUCUGAAACAGCCACUUAGGCCACAAAUAAAGCUAUUGAAAAUCACCCAAUAUUCAAGCAUUUUGUUGUUGCCACAGUUAUUUCCUGCUCACAAUAAGGUUACCAUUUAAUUUAGAGUGUGAUCAGUGUGGUGAAUUUAAGUUUUGGAAAGACUAAUCAGAUGACUGUUUGCUUUUCAAAACACAGUUAGUUAUCCUGAUAACAAUUUUCUGUUUCUUUCACAGCUUGUAAAUAAUGUCCUCAUACCGGAUGUGCUGAAGGAUUUAUUUGAUCAAUGCAAUGCAAAAAACCCAAAGAGCAGACCUCUUAUGUCUGAUGUUGCAAAAACUCUUUCAGUGAGUGUUUUAUAAAUAAUAAUUAACAACUAUACACCAAAGCAGAGGUGGCUUGUAGUCACUGAUAGAUAUUUACCAAGCUGCAAAGCAGUGAGGUAAAUAUCCACCACUGGCCAGGGACAUUGAGAUGGUGAAUAGUUGUGUUAGGAUGUGUUAAAACAGUAGAAAAUAGUCCAUUAAACACUAAGGUAUCCAACUCAUUAACUAAUUUUCUUUUUCUUUUAUUUUUUUUUUAAUUUACAGACUUUUUCUCUUCCCAAACUACUGGUCAAAGUAGAUUGUAAUCGUCAAGUGUCACAUCAACUCAGUUGCAAAAAAGGGGAAGUUGUUCUGCUGAUUUCAAAAGCAUUUCAAUUUCCGUGAGUACUAUAAAACACAUCUUAUUCCUUUAAGACUGGAAAAUAUUUUUCAUCUGGUCAAUCAUUAACCCCAUGAAAAAAUAGUUUUAUGUAAUGUGGUUGGAAUUAUUUUCAAACUCAUUUAAUUCAUAUUUUUCUUUACCAUAACAUUUUGGAAUUUAGCAGUUCUAUCUUGCAGUUGCCAUGUUUGAAAUGUUAUUGUAAAUUAGACUUACUGUGAAGACUCUGAUUGGUCGAGAGUAUACAGUCAAUAUACAAUGGCGUGUGAAGUUGACAUGAUAACCCAAUGUCUGCAGCAGAUAUUGGGUUAUUAUUUCAAGUUCAAAGUGUGCCCAAUGUCUGCAGCAGAUAUUGGGUUAUUAUUUCGAGUUCAAAGUGUGCCCAAUGUCUGCAGCAGAUAUUGGGUUAUUAUUUCAAGUUCAAAGUGUGCCCAAUGUCUGCAGCAGAUACUGUGUUAUUAUUUCGAAUUCAAAGUCUGCCUAGUUUCCUAGCCCCUCGUUCGUGUACUGUUCUCAAACUUUUACAGACUUAAAGAGAGGUGUCCUCUUUUGCAGAUUGUUUAAAAAAUGAAUAAUGAGACAAUUAUAGAAUUGGGUUUUCGCAUGAUACUAUGAAUUAUCACUGCCAAGGUCUGAAGGCUUCAGCAGAUCACUCAGACCUCGGUAGUGACAAUUCAUGAUAAGAAGCUCCACCCACGUGCUAUUAGAUGUUAGUUACUCUAAGGGGUCAAAAGUUUGAAAGUUAAUUUUAUUUUAUGUAGAGAACAGAAAGUGGCCAGUUCCUCUAGCAAUGAGGCAUGGCUUUGUGAAAAAAGGAAUGGCUCAAUGGGUCUGCUUGAUCCUUCAAACGCGGAAGAACUCCUCGGUAAGUUAAAAGUUCGGUGAAGUUUUUUUUGAGAGAUAACCGUGUAGCUUUGUCUGAUUUACAGUUUCAAUAGUAAAUUGAGAUAAUUUCUUUUAUUGAGUUGGGCGGGCUUAACUAGAAAACAGUCGUAUGGCAGUCACCCUGGUGUGUAGUUUACAUCGUACAGUUCUAUAUAGCACUUCAGCGUAAGCUCAGUCAAAAAAAAUAACUCGAAAUUCGUUUUUAUCUCUACGUCUGCAGCCAUUCCUGUUCCCUCUACGUUUAUGGAGAGAUUUUUGGUUGAGUAUCUUACAACCAAGUCCAAAAUGAUCACAACAUAAUCACAAGAGCCAAUCAUAACAAAGGAUGAUAACAAAAGUAGCUUUUGGUUGGUUAAGGGAGUGGUGCGAGUUUUCUAGACCAAUCACAUAGCAACGAAAACCAAACAGAAAACUUUCGUCACUCAUUUUAAAUUACCGUGGGUCCCUUUCUUUACACUUUCUUCCCGAACCAAUAUUCAAUAGUUUCCAACAAAUAAAAGUUUCAUUUCUAAUUCGUCAAUUUUCCGCGCCACAAAAAUUGAAAGGUCUUCUCUUGUUGCUGAUACUUUCUCUCUAAGAGUGUUCAUUGCAUAAUAUUUUUAGGACAUGAAGAUAUCAGUUGGGAAACACUGAAACAAAAUGUUGAACAAGAGGCAACUCACACCUCAUCAGAAGCAAAACCUGACAAAGAUUCAGUUGGUGAGUCCGAAAAACAUAUAGUAUUGAAUAUAUUACUAACUUCUGCUUAAUAUGAAUUUCAUACAGAGGCAACGAGAGGUGGCGAGUUGGCAAUGAGUACAAAUCAGUACGACCAACGAGUUCUCAACAGUUCAUAACAGUGCGCAUAUUCUCCGUACUGUUCUCUGUACAUUUCCUACGGUGCUUACUUAGAGAAUUUAAUGGAGUAACUCGCUCUAAAUUUCUUAGAAAGAAAUUCGCGCGAAUUUUACUGUUCAUAAUAUUUAUUUUCAUUCCAUUCACCAGUUCCUCCCGAGAUCCAAGCUCGCGGAAUCGAGGCGGAGCAUGCUUUUCAGCGAGCUCUUAAAAAGGGUAAGGUCCGGGUGUAUCGUGGGCGCGUCAUGCUGAUUGGCCAGAACAGAACCGGAAAGACAAGUUUGAAGAAGUCGCUUCUAGGUUUGAAGUUUGAUCCCGGCGAACAAAGUACUGAAGGAAUUGAAGUAGACCCGUCUCGUUUCGAAUUGGACGUUGACCGCGUAAUGAACUGGCAGCUCGUAAAAAACGAGAAAUUUACGUGUGAGUUUGCGGAUGACAUUGCAAGACUUGUCGUUGGCGAGUUGCGCUCAGGAGACGAGGAAAAGAAGCCAGAGGUCAACUCCUCGGAAGUUGAACCUGUGCAAACUGAUGUCACACAGGGGGUAUCAGCGCUACAGAGUAACCAGGUAUGGUGGGUCGACUGUAAGGAAAACAUUGAAAAACUGAGCUCUUUGAUGCACUGUACAAGCCUAAGAUCGACACCUAAAGAAUUGCACUGCGGGGUCCCGGCUCAUUUUUAUAGUAUGAAUUUCAAAACUAAUGUAUAGCAUCUCGAUCCUGAAUGUAAAAGUAGCAAACAAAAAGCUAUUGUACGGGACUAGUAAGUACCGGAACUUCUGAGAGACCGUAAAGCAGUUGUUAUGUUCGCUAUUCGAUGGGUUAUGUUUCGUUGAUUUGGACUGCUUUGUGAAUAAUGUUUUGUGCGAGAAUACGAUCUUGACCUGUCCUUUUGUUUAUAGACACAGAUAUUUACGUAUUUCAGUGGCUCGAUUGCUGUUCAAUAAGAUAUGUCCAGUGUCAGACGUGAUUGUUAUUAUUUGGCUGUCAAGCAGGAGGACGAAAGCAUAACACGCGUAGUUUAGAGAAUAUUUUUUUGGCAUGUGCUGAAUAGCAGUUGUAUAUGAUCCCUUUUAUCCCUAAGAGUGACUAGCAUCUAAUUUAUUUCUGACAAUAUCUACUUUGACUUAAACAUUGAGGUCAUGAGAGUAAUGGAAAUGAUCACCAUUUAACGAAGCUCUUGCUUGUUAAACAAAUUCUCCUUCUUAGCAACUAAGGAAAUGCACAGAGAGCAGUAUAAAGCCAAGGCACUCCGAUGGAAGGAUAUAAAGGGUUGAGAUAAGAAAAUACUAGUCCUAUUUUAGUCUGCUGAUGUCAUGAUUAUCACUUUUUGUAAAGGUCGCAGUACCAGCAACAAGUUUUCCGGCACAGGACAUCCCCACAGACACUUCCACGGAUCAUUCGUCUGCAGCCGACACCGACUUAGCUGAGUUAUUGCAAGAUGCAGAGCUAUUUCACAUCGAGGUUGACGGUUCGCGAACCGUGCCUGAAAAUGUUCAAUCUUUAGUCGCUAAAUACUUAGACAGUCAAGCCGGCUAUGAUCAACAGGAAAGCGACAGAGAAACAGUUGUCACAAUUUGGGACUUCGCGGGGCAACAUCUGUAUUACGCCUCGCACCCUGUGUUUCUCUCCCCACGGGCUGUUUACGUGCUGGUGUACAACUUGAGCAAGGAACUGAGCGCCAAUAUGGAGCCCUGCGUUCGUCAGGGCGUGCACGAUUUUAUUCCACAUUCCAGCGGAGAGGAAACCAACUUGGACAGCAUUCUAUCGUGGCUUGUUUCUAUACACAACCUUAGUGCAGAGGUUAGGGCUAAAGAGAAGGACCAGGAAGAGGAACAGCCGUAUUUGAGACCCCCGGUAAUCAUAGUAGGUACUCACGCUGACAACCCGUUCGAGGACCCUAAACGCAUGGAGACUCAAAUAAAGAAGAGCCUCUCUGGGAAGACCUACGAGCAGCACGUUCGCAGACCGUUUCACCGAGUGGAUAAUACGCGAUCUGGGGAAGACGAAGGUGUCCAGAAGGUUCGACAGGAGAUAAGAGAGGUAAGUGCAAUGAUCAACUUGAACAUCUUCGAAGCAUAGAAAAACCUUCUUGCGAUACUAGCCUAUUGAGUUCAUCGUGAAGGAUGAUAUUCUGUUAUUACUGGUUGACAUUUGUGGAAAACCCCCAUAUGACUGGUUUACUGCGCCAGCCACCAGUCUUUCUGGUUUUCUUGAGUUCUGAUAAUCACAAGCUCCUAGGAGCGUGUUGCGAAAUCGCCUGAGGGACUGGCAACAAUCGUCUUGAAAAGCUCUUGUGAUGAUUUCAUAGACAAAUCGUAUUGAUGAAUGAUUUCGUUAGUUUUUUUUUUACGCGAUUGAACAUUGCUCUAGAGAUUAGACUGGUUUGAAAAAUGUCACACCAAGAAAAUAGUUCGAACCACAGAACACAGAACUAUUUUUUCAUGGGGUUAUUGAUUGAUUCAAAUUGUUUGCAGGUCUUACGCUUAGAGCCAUACAUGGGAGAAGAUGUCCCCGUACGUUGGUUUAACUUCGAGAGGGUCGUUGAAGCGCUGGUGCAACAGAAAAUUUUCUACCUGAAGGUUUCUCAGCUCUACUUCAUCGUGAGUAAGACAUGCCUCAUCGAGGACGAGGCGGAGAUGGUAGCCAUGUUAGAUUUUUAUCACGACCUGGGUAUUAUCAUCUGGCAUGGUGACACUGUAGUCCUUCAAACACAAUGGCUGAUUCAUUUGUUCAGGAAGCUCAUCACUAUUCGACCUUUUGAUGAACAGGUAUAUUGUUGACCUUUCCGUUAGGAUUCCAUCUUACUCUUCGAUACGGUGAAACCUUUUCUUUCAGACACCUCGUGCAGGAGAAGCAACAAGCUCGUGCCCAGGGUUUCUCAUCGAACCUCGUGGAACAAAUGAGAGGGAGAGACUCGCUAGCGUCCGAAGGGUGGGAAGGGAAAGGGAGCUGGGAAGAAGUUGAGGGCAAAAAGCAAGAAAUUCUUCGAGCCCAGAACCACUUUCGAGCGUCGAGAGAUGGUUCGAUCUCGGGCCCUUUAAAUUUGGUGUUGUUAAAUUGCCAUCAUUUUAAAAACCUCUUACCAGCAAUUCUUAGGCAAAAUGUUUCAAACAUUCUUCAAAAAUUCUCUAAAAAUUUAUCAUUCUGGGGAUUGAAAUACUGCUGAAGUGCUUGUGAAAAGGAACAUUUCUUUCCCACUAAAAUAAUGUAACUUUUAUAUUAACUUUUGCGUGUUUUGAUUUGCAUUUACAGUUCCCUUUAUACCUCUGUCGUUCAAAAGUAAAUCUAAGUUUCGGACAUCUUGAGAGGGGUCAGACUUAAAGAUUAUUUUGCAAAAUCAUUGAUCGAAUGUCUUUUUUAAUUCAAGAAUCCGCGUCAUGCAGCAGCCUGGAACGAACUUGAAGAAACUGGUCUUCUGAGCAUGCGCUUAGUUGAUCACGUGUUUGCCGAAUUCUUGUGCGAUGGUCAAUCACAGAGCGACAUUCUCUCCAUGAUGGAAAUGUAUGGUCUGAUUGCAAGGUUCACGCCUAAAAGUGAAGCUGGAGAAGAUUCGCCGGCUGUGAAGUAUUUUGUCCCGGCGCAGCUCUGUUCGUGUCCAGAGACAGAACUGGACACGACAGAGAGCGAAAUUUGUCCUCUGUACAUCAACUUUCCUGAUGGCUUUCUCCCACACGGUUUGUUUCCGCAGCUCGUUUCUCGGUUCAUCUCGGUUUGUCCCGAGUUGGGCUGCACAGACGAACCAAACCUAUUUCAAAACCUUGCUAGGUUUAUUCUGGGCGAGGAUGAUUUAUUUCUUAUUGGCAAACAGUCGUUUGUGAAAGUGAUUCUUCAGACAAAGAACUUGAAUGACGAAGGAGGUGGCCAAGCUGGUUUGGUCCGCGAGCGCCUGGAUUCGAUUCUGAGUAGUCUAUCAAGUGACUUUGCAUGCCUUCGUAACAUGCGUUAUGAAUUCUCCGUAGCUUGUCCUUCGUGUUGCAACAAAGCCUGCACAAGACACAAGACCAAGUCAUGUACCGAAAGCGUCUGCAUUCACUUCCUUCCGAUUUCAAACGACGGAAAAUUAAUUUGCACGAAGACGUUCGGUGCCCGUUCACGACUGGAGAUUCCUGGUUUAGAGAAAUGGUGUGGUUGUGUCAAAAAGGUAAUUUAAGACUUUUAACCUUCUUAACUUGAAAAUUUUACAUCGAUGAAACUACACCGUCCUUCUUUGAGAUUUUUUUAAAAUUUUCUUGACGUCUCUUGUGGGAUCGAUCGGUCUGGCUGCGUCAUUUUGUUGUGUUCAAGGACAAGACUCAUUUUCGCUCUGCCUCUUUCUAAGCAGGCCCCGGUUGUUCGAAGGAGAGGGAGGGAUAACGCUAUACGCUGAAUCAUCUUGUAUCCGGUCAUAGCACUGUAUGUUUUGUUAACACUUAUCCGACGGACAACGUUUUAUCCAUCGGAUAGCGUUAUCCGUCCUUUUGAACAACUGCUCCGCCUUUUGAUCAACCUUAAAUAUAAAUGAUAUGGGCAGACUGUCGGAAACCUGGGCAAGUGCUGAGGAUAAUCUACGAUGGGCUGGUAUUCUGUCUAAGGAAGAGUAGCAACAUUCCGAGUCGUUUCAUGUUGCUUAAACCAACCUGAGCUGUGGUUUGAUUCCUGACCUCACCUUUACCUCUCCAAUAGAAUGCCGUGGAACACUUCGCUCUGGUUUUAGCAGUUUCAAACUGUAAACUAUUUGAAAGGGUACAAUCCCGUUUCUGCUCUAAAUUUCUCAGUUCAGGACUGUUACUUUUAGUAAGUGAAUCGCUUGCUGGUCUUCUCAUUACACGCAUAUUCAUUUGCUCUCUGACUGGUUGAAAAGUUUGAAAACCAAUGAUUGUGGCAAAAAAACCGUGUUGUCAAAAUGAAAUUGCAUUUUGUUGUAUUUUCACUUCACAACUUGUUAUUAGAAUAGUUUCAAUCUAUGAUAAUUAAGCUUCUCCUUUUGUUACAGAGUGACGAGGUGAGUCCUCCAGAUGCACCUCGAAUUAAAACUUUCGAAGGUAAUCAUUCCGAAACUGUUAUUUUCAUCACUGCGAACAAAAUAAUGCAGUUCCUUUCGUAAAAUCCGUCACCAUUUAAUCUUAAAAAAAUCCACUGCUGGAAUAUACGCUCUUAUUUUACGGAGGAGUUCACGCAGUGUGAAUUUAUUUUUCCUUAUUGUAGACGACAUUGAUAGCCCUUCAGAGAUCGCGGUCCGCCCUGCAGUGUUUAUCUCAUAUCAGUGGGGUCUCCAGGACACUGUGAAAGUAUUGAGGAACAAGCUGGAGGAGGCUGGGUUCGAUUGCUGGAUGGAUAUCGGUCAGAUGGGUGGAGGAGACGCCUUGUAUGCCGAGAUAGACGCAGGAAUCAGAGCGUCAAAGGUGACUCUUGAAAAUCCAAGUUACGAGAAUUUAUGACCGUUUGCUUCAUUACCCGCCCCUAGGAACGGGAGAGGCGGCCUGAUGGUUGGCUCGCAGGACUCCAAGUGAAGAGAUCCGGGUCCGAGCCCGGCUAGAUCUUUGAGAAACGCAACCCUUUCCACCCAGAAGUAGAAAUUGGUAACAACAGACUGUCUGGGGAAUCUGAUGAAAUUCUGGUGUCGGGAAGGAGGGGGCGCGCUACCUACGUUAGACUAAGCGUCCCAUCCAGGAAGAGUCAGCUCCCAGUCCUAGUUCCAGUCUCGAUCUCUGAAUUUUACAUGUACCGGGAAAGUAAUUUCAGUAGCCAUGCACCGGUGUACUCAAUGUCAUAUUUAUACCCUGAAGGGUGGGAAAUCUAGCAAGCACUUCGACGAGGUUUCUCCUGGGUCAAGUUAAAAAACAUGGGGGUGUCAAAAAUCUAAUCCUGAGAUACAUAUCUCUGAUAGUAACUGCACUUUUUGUUUGUUUCCGUUCAGGUCGUGAUAUGUUGUGUUACAAAGCGUUACUGCAUGUCCGAAAUGUGCCAAAGAGAAGUCACUCUGGCUGAUACUCUACGAAAGCCUAUCAUCCCAGUGCUGUUUGAGUUCAUUGAUUGGCCGCCUCCCGGCCAACUGGCUUUGAUUUUUGCCAAGCUGCUUUACAUCGACAUGUCUCAACUUCCUUCCGACGGUUUUCCUGAGGACAAGUUACAGGAACUUUUUCAAAAAGUUAAAGGCCACGUCGAACGUUGAAUUGAACUGGCGGGGCUCUGAGAACAGAUGUCGCUCUCGAUAGUCC